GGUAUCUUGGGCACCGUGGUCUCCUUCCACCAGUGGCAGGUGGCGGAGCGGGUGCUGCAGCAGGACCACUGGCUGCAGGGCUCUGAGCUGCGCCUCUUCCCCCACUACCACUUCCUGGAGCCGCAGGGGCUUGCUGGGAACACCUAUGGAGGAGACCACAUUGCUGGGGCUUGGCAGGGAACCGAGCACUCACUCCCAGGGGCCGGAGAACCAGCCAUGGCUCUAGAGGCCAGCCAGACGGUGACCAAGAAGGGCCCUGAAGAGGCGCCCAGGCAAACAGGGGCCGCUCUCAGGCAUGGGCCUGAGGGGGUGCCAGAGCCGGAGGGUGUGGUGGAGAAGGUGACUUUGAACCCGGGGUUGGAGGAGCCUAUGAGCCCCAGGCCCCUGGGAUGUCUGUGGCUGCUGGAGGCGGGGCCGGUGGAGAUUGAGCAGGUGCAGGCAGAGCCAGUGGAGGAAGAGCAGGGGGAGGUCGAGCAGGGGGAGUCGGGGACUGUGGAAAUGGUGCUGCCCAUGGAGCCUGGGGCACUGCGCUACCUGCAGCUCUAUCAUGAAGACCUCCUUGCCAGCCUGGGAGAUGUCGUGCUCUUCCCCCUUGAAGGGAUGGAUGUGACUGGCUUUCGGCUCUCUGGUGAGCACGCCCCAUGCCAGGCAGCUGAAGAGUUUCUGCAGAGCCUUCUGGGCAGCCUCAGCUGCCACCUGCUGAGCCUGAGGCACCGGGGCAGUGCCCACUUCCUGCUCAGUCCCCAGGGGCAGCAGCUCCUUCGGGGGCUGGAGGCUCAGUUCCAGUGUGUCUUUGGGACAGAGCGGCUGGCCAGGGUUGCCAUGGACAUAGACUCUGAAGAGGGGGAUCCCACCGAGGCCCUCCAAGCCUCCCCCAUGUUCCCAGAUGGAUGCAGCGGUGACCGGGAGAAUGUGAGCCUGGAGGAGUUGCUGGCCACCCUGGAGGGCCUGGACAUGGAGGUGCAGCUGCCCUUGGGACUCGAUGCAGAGCAGCCUGAGGAGGAGGAAGAGAAGGAGGAGGAGGAGGAGGCCUCUGUGAGUGCGGACUAUGCCGAGGACCAUCCUGUGACUCCCAGCAUGUGGGCUGCGGGGCAGUUGGAGGAGGCAGCUGCCAUCCAGCUAGCCCUGCACCGGUCCCUGGACCCUCAAGGUGGGGUGGCCGAGCAGGAGGAGGCCGCCGUGCUGCAGCGAGCCCUGGCCCUUUCCCUGCUGGAGCAGCCGCUGCUGGAGGAACAGCCGCCGGGUGGAAGCGUGGGGCCAGCCCAGUUGGUGGUGCACACAGCCUUUGAGCAGGACACCGAGGAGCUAGAGCGGGCAUUGGAGGAAGCCCUGGAGCCCUACAUCCGGGAGGUGACAGUGGACACCCGGGGACGAGAGCUGUCCAGGGAGCUCUACAAGGCGCUGGAACGCUGUCACAGGGUGCAUGUCAGCCUCCAUGGGGAUGGCGGGGACAGGGUUGCAAUGGCGGAGGCCACCGCGUCUCUGGAGCUCCGGGGUCUGUCCCCCGAAGUGCCGGACGAGCUAGUCACGCUGUACUUCGAGAACCGGCGGCGCUCCGGCGGCGGCCCUGUGCUAAGCUGGCAGCGGCUGGGCGACGGGGGCAUCCUCACCUUUCAGGAGCCUGCAGACGCUGCCAGGGUCCUGCUGCAGGGGGUGCACGUCCUGUGCCAAGCCCGCCUGAACCUGCGGCCCGCCCCGCCCCGCGCCCCCGCGCGCCUGCUGCUGUCGGGGCUGCCCCCGGGCGUGGAGGCGCAGCGCCUGCAGCAGCACUUGCGGGCCCUGCUGCGCGCCGCAGGCCUCUCGGAGCAGCCCUGCUGGACCCUGGCCAGCCCCCGGCCCGACCGCACGCUGGUGCAGCUGGCCAAGCCGCUGGCCGAGUCAGGCACGCUCUACGGUCAGGGAGUCUACUUUGCCAAGCACGCCAGCCUGUCUGUGCAGGACCGCUACUCACCCCCCAACUCCGAUGGCCACAAGGCUGUGUUUGUGGCUCGGGUGCUGACGGGGGACUACGGGCAGGGCUGCCAAGGGCUGCUGGUGCCCCCUCUGAGGGACUCUGGCUGCCGCCUCCUGCGCUACGACAGCGUUGUAGACAGCCUCAGCGAACCCAGCAUCUUCGUCAUCUUUCACGACACCCAGGCGCUGCCCACCCACCUCAUCACCUGCGAACACACGCCCCUGGGUCCCCCCAGGGACCCCUCUGGAGUCUCGGGCCCUUCCUCUACCUCCUGACCAGACAAGUCCUUGGCUGGCCCAGCUGCUAGCUUCCUGCCGCCAGACUCCACACAGGGUUCGGAGCAGGCACAGGGGGCGGCCGAGGGUCCAGGGUGGAGACGCAGAGCAGGCCCAGCCACCAGAGGUCAGCAGAGUCCGGGAGGAGGUGGCCGGCGGCCCUCCCUGCGCCGUCAGUCUUUUGAAUAAACGUAUCUGUGAACCUGGUA